AACUCCAGAGCAAAAACAAAGAACAUGAGUAUCAUAAACACACAGUUGCUUCAUAGCAUGUCCUUUGAACUCACCAAUGGCUUCUAAAAAGCAGUUCAUAUUCUUGCUUAUUGCUUCUGUUCUGCUGCUAUUGGUCUCUCCGUCCUGUGGUCAAAAUGUGACUCUGUCUGUUUACUAUGAAACUCUGUGCCCAUAUUGUGCAGACUUCAUUGUAAACCAUCUGGUGAAGCUGUUUCAGAAUGGCAUUAUUUCUAUAGUUAAUCUUCGUUUGAUCCCAUGGGGCAAUGCUUUCAUACAACCUGAUGGCACUGUUAUGUGUCAGCAUGGUCCAGGGGAAUGCUUGCUAAACACCAUUGAAGCCUGCACAAUAUCCAUCUAUCCUGAUGUGGUCCAGCAUUUCAGUUUUAUCCACUGUGUUGAGCGCCUCUUGUUGGAGAAAAGGCAGGCUGAAUGGAUGGAUUGUUUUAAGAUAACAAGGUUGGGUAAUGUGCCCAUCGAUUGUUACAGAAAUGGAAAUGGAAAACUGCUGGAACAGAAAUAUGCUACUGAAACUGCUCAGCUUAAUCCACCACAUAGAUUUGUGCCAUGGGUGGUUGUGAAUGAUCAAUCACUUCAAGAGGACUACAUGAAUUUUGUAAGCUACCUCUGCAGAGCUUAUAAAGGCACUCAAGUACCGGAGGCCUGUAGAUCAUUUCCACUAAGGACCAGUGUAUUGGAGAAAGCAGAUACCACUAGCUCAGUGUGCUAUGCAGGUGAGGUGAAAAGCUAGGCAUCGUAAAACGCAGUCUCGAAGAAAAGAAAUUUCAAGAACAAUGAUUUCUUCAUAGACUCAUUGUAUGAAGAGCUUAGAUUUUAUCAUUGCUGGUCAACUAGUGUAAAUUGAAUAAAGGACUGAUGAAUUAUAGUGUUCAGAUUGGCUUGCUUUGCGAUGGAAUGAAGAAACUGAUUUGGCUAGAAUUGCAUCUUGAUAGUUGAUCCACAUUCUGAGUCUAGCUGUUCCUGUAAAUGAAUAUUAUGUUUUUCCUGCAAUGUGCAGCCUG